AUGUCUCGCUACACCAGGCCCCCCAACACCUCCCUGUUCGUCAGGAACGUCGCCGACGCCACCAGGCCUGAAGACUUACGCCGAGAAUUUGGUCGAUACGGCCCCAUAGUAGAUGUUUACAUCCCACUUGACUUCUACACUCGCCGCCCCCGAGGAUUCGCUUACCUGAUCAUGUUUGAAGAUGUUCGAGAUGCUGAAGAUGCCCUUUAUAACCUCAAUAGGAAGUGGGUAUGUGGCCGGCAAAUUGAAAUACAGUUUGCACAAGGUGAUCGCAAAACACCAGGCCAAAUGAAGUCCAAAGAACGCCAUCUGUGCUCUCCAAGUAACCACAGGCGAUCCAGGAGCCCCAGCCAGAGGAGAUCUCGAAGUCGAAGUUCAUCCUGGGGAAGAGACCGGAGGCGGUCAGACAGCCUGAAGGAGUCUCGACACAGGCGGUCUUCUUACAGUCAGUCUAAAUCUCGCUCCAAAUCACUACCAAGGCAGUCUACCUCAUCAAGGCAGUCAAGAACACCAAGAAGGAGUUCUGGAUCUAGAGGAAGGUCAAGAUCCAAGUCCUUACCAAAAAGGUCCAAGUCAAUGGAAAAAUCACAGUCACGCUCACCUCAAAAGCAGACUGGCUCAGGGGCAAAAUCAAGAUCACACGGACGACACUGUGACUCCCUAGCAAGAUCGCCAUGCAAGUCCCCCAGAGGGUACGCCAGCUCCGGAACUAAGACACAGACAGCAAAGCAUUCUCAUUUCCGGUCACAUUCCCGAUCUCGGAAUUAUCAUCCUAAAAACAGUUGGUGAACAGCAACGUCUCGAAGAGCUCCAGGGCUCUGCUAUAAGUUAGUAGACCUGGUUGUGGUUAAAAUUCUUCAAGGCUUAUAGAAAUGUGAACUGGUGAUAGUCACUUUGGGCAUAUGGAAGGAAUAAAAUUGCCCUAACUCUGACGACUAAAUAUUUGACCUCAAUGUAAGGGCUUAUCCACAAAUCACUAUGUCUGCAGUGUUACCGUUAGGCUGUAUUUUGUUCACAUUGCGGCAAGGGGGUACUUCCCAAAGGAAAUAGGAAAAUGGAACCAAUACAAAAAUUCUCCUUAGAUAUUAAAUAUUAUCAAUAAUGUCCUUUACAAAAAUAUGUUUUACUCUAAAGCACUUUCCACAUAAAAAGUAAUUGUGACUAUAUGGAAUUGCAUAGGCCAAACUUAAACUCUCUGACAUCUGUGUCUUCUUUCUUGUGACUUUUGAUUAAGCUUGGGCCAAUUCUUGGUAGGUACUAGUUCAAAUUACAGUAUUCUCAAAUCUCAAAAGAUAAAAUUUACAUAGAGAUUCCAUAACUGUUUAAAAGAUAGUUAAAAGAUAUUUAAAAGAUAACUCAAAGAGCAUGUCAUUGUUUUUUGAAUACAACAGCAUAGGCCAGUUGACAUGAAAUGAUAUAAAUGUUUGCUUAAAAUAUGAAAACAAAGCCAGGUGUUGGUGGCACAUGCCUGUAAUCCCAGCACUUGGGAGAUGAGGUAGGAGGGUCAAAACCAGCAUGGACUAGGCAACAUGAGACCCUGUCUAAAAAUAAAUAAAUAAAUAAAUAAAUAAAUAAAUAAAUAAAUAAAUGCUCUUUUUAAAAAAGUGAAAUCAUUUUAGAAGUACUAGAUUUUGAAUGAUUUGAGACUACUCUAAAAAU